UGUAUGUCAGGAUGGCUAUGGUAUUGUGUGACUUUAUCUUGUUUGUCAGGAUAGCUAUGUUAUUGAGUGACUUUUGCUUGUAUGUAAGAAUGACUAUGGUAUUGUGAAACUUUAUUUUGUUUGUCAGGAUGGCUAUGGUAUUGUGUGGCGUAAUCUUGUUUGUCAGGAUGGCUAUGGUAUUGUGUGACUUUAUCUUGUUCGUUAUGAUGGCUAUGGUAUUGUGUGGCUUUUGCUUGUGAUCAGUAGCACAAUCAUGGCACCAUUUUAGCAAAAACAACAAACUGUCGCACAAAAUAGUAUAUAUCUCUCUCAGUUCUUAUGCUUUUCACAUGAAACUUUUUAUAAUUGUAGUCCAAUAACCAAUUUACAAGACCAAGGAAAAAAUAUUAUAUUUCUGAGUAGACAUUUCUUGACAAAAAUCUAGAAAUUUAAUAAACACAGCAAAUUUAGAAUGUAACGCGUUACAUUUCCGGUCUAACACCGCAUCACAAAAUAACAUUUUAGUUAAAUUUUCUUAAAGGCUUUGAAAAAAUCUGCUAAAUUGAACCGACAUAAAUAAGGAUAAUAAUAUAACAAACAUAUACAAGUAAUUUUAAACAAAUUCAUUUAUUGUAUUUGCAGAUAUUAAGAUUUACAAAAUAUCGAUGAUGCGUCUAAACAGCAUGUAACGCUCGUGUUAUUAACAAACCUGCUCCACAAAUAAUGACCGAUUUUAGGUACUAUUAAAACAAAUGUGAUAAACUAAAUUUUAAUUUUAUGAUGGGCAACAAAUAAACUCCUUGUAAGCGAAGUUUUCAGACAAUCCACCAAAUAGUUUUUGCGAAAAAAAGACAACCAAUAAUUCGGAAACACUUUCUGUUACAUUGAAAAUGAGUUUAAUUUUACACCAUCGCAAUCACAAAACACAAAAUUUAGUAAUAGUACUUUUAUCAAACGGUACUCACUACGACAUCCCCGCUUUGGGCUUGUGUUUAGCCGACAUCCCUAAAGAUUUCAGCCGAAUUGCAAUAGUUUUGAGCGAGAAAAUCAAAUUUCAAUGAUUCGGAAACACUUUUGUGCAUUAUUACAGUGCUCACAAAGCGUAACGAGCGUUACAGCUGGAAGAAAACGCGAAGAAAAACUGCUAAAAUGUUUCAAAAUAUUGUCUCUGCUUGCUUCUUUCCUCGUCCUCGAAGACUUCCACGAGAUCACAUGCCUAGAACAAUAGAUUUAUGGGGGUCCCAGCACAAAAUGCAGGGGUUUUGUGCGUCAUAAGUUAAAAAUAAACGCCCGCGGGUAUUGCACAGAGAGUGCGUAGCACGUGUAGUCGGUCAUUCGGCAACACAAUACACAAGCUAACCUUUGAAUAUUCAUAUGGAAAAUCCUGUUUCACGUAAGCAAGCUGCAGCACUCAAGAAAAAAGAAAUAAAAAGGGCAAAAGACAAAGAUUACUACGAGAAAAAUCACAACAAGAAAAUAGCUCAAGUAAUCGAGCGGCGAAAAGCGAGACGAGAGGAGACAAAAGGCAAGUCACGAACAAGAACGGAAAUAAAGAAAGCUGCGUCAAAGAAGAGACGCAAAGAACAACGAGCUACCGCCAGAGAAGAACUUGAAAGAAAAAGACAAAUAGCAAGAGAAAAGACAAGGGAAAGGGUCCGUAGAUACCGCCAGAAAAAUAAGGAAGAACAAGGACAGGAGAAAAAAAUUUUGCAGAACACUGGGGAGAGAUUCAAGAACCGCACGUCCAAAAAACGUGUUACUGACAAGGUCAAAGAUAAACUUCCGCAAACUCCCGAGAAAAAAGCCGAAGUACUAGAAACUUUGAUAAACAGCCCGAGAACAAGAAAAAUACUUUCCAGGCAAGGGGUAGUGAAAACUCCAGAAGAAGAAAAAGAAAGUAACACGUUGAAAGCCCUCGCGUCGGACAUCUCUGAAGGUUUGAAACACGUCAAACGUUCGGGAUCGAACGAAAAACGCGCUGCCUACAAAGCACUUAAAUCACUUGCUUUUGGAGAUAAUAUAAAAAAGUCGAGAGCAAAAAAGUCCCUAGGAAAGUUAGUCGGCCUUAACGAAAAGAGCAUCAGUAAAGCCAUCAAAACAAGGGAGGAGAUUUUAAAGGGAGAAGGAGAAAGCUGGCUUUAUGUAAAAAGAAAAACACGACGAGAUGCGCUCCCAGAAGAAGACGUUGAAAAAAUUUACUGCUUCUGGGCCAGUUCGGCUAGUCGUCCUACAGGAGACAAAAGUGACUUUGUGAAAAACAGAGUUGGCAAAAAACAGUAUUUAACCCACCCCAAGCAUGUUCUCGAAACGAGCCAAACGGAGGCUUUCCAGGAAUUUGCGAAGCUUCACCCUGAAGUAAAAGUAGCGCAACGCAAAUUCGAGAUGUUAAAACCUUACUUUGUAAAACAAGCAAGAGAAAGGGACAGAAAAUCUUGCCUUUGCAGAAAACAUGUCGAAACGAAAAUUCUUUUCGACGCAUGUAUGAAGUUUCGAAAGGGUGUGGUCAAGACGACGGGAAACGAGAGCGAAGAGUCGCCCAUUUUCAAAACGUUGACAGAAGCGGCUGAUGCAACCUUAUGCUCAAAGGAAGAUGGGAUAGAGCACCAUAAAAUCGAGUGCUUGGAGCGAGAUUGCAACAGAUGCUCUGUGGAGAAAAUAAAACUACUUCCAGAGGAGUCUAGCAAUGAAGGAAGUGUUUGUUGGUCUAGGUACGAGUACCUACCCACUGGAAAAUUCCUUGCCAAUGGUCAAGAGAAAAAGAAGAUAGCCUUGGUCCCCAAAGAAACACCACCCUCAGAAAUGUUUACAUAUUUCAAAAAGCUUUUGGAAGCCUAUCCCCUGCAUUCAUUCAUGGCUAAAUGGCAACGUGAGCAACUUGAUAAUCUUUUGGAACACUUGCCACUUGGCCAUGUCGUGUGCAUUCACGACUAUUCUGAGGGGUAUGCGUGUCGCCAGCAAGAUGAGAUCCAAUCAGAGUUCUUUGACGUAACCAAGGCUUCUCUACAUGUUACCAUCUUACAUCGCCAUGCUGUUGAAAGUAAAGACGGGAUCACAAGCACAGAGGCUGAGCCACACUUGAUCAAAGAGCACUUGUUUGUGGUUUCCGAUGAUCCGACGCAAGACCAUGACAGUGUGCACAAAGCCCAAGAGCUUAUUCAUGAUUACCUGGUCAACGAUGUGGGCUAUAGCAUUGAGCUCUUGCAUGAAUUUACAGAUGGGUGCGCAGCACAAUAUAAGUCACGACACUGCAUUGGAGAUUUGUCAUGUUCUCUGGCAGAUUUUGGAUAUCCCAUCCAAAGAAGCUUUUUCGAAACCUCCCAUGCUAAAGGAGAGCAAGAUGCUGCUGGCUCUCAUGUAAAGCAGAAAACCAGCCAAGCCGUCCUACGCAGAAAAGCUAAAAUCAAUUCUGCAAAGGACAUGUAUGCUUAUCUGGUUGCAAACUUUACAGAGCCAGCAGCAACUAGCUAUGCUGCUCGUAGAACGGCUACCCAGCUGACGCGCCGUGUUUUCUUUUAUGUUCCUGCAAAAGGAGAGGGUGCAGUCUCCAGGAACCGUGAUGGGCGAAAGUUCAAGGAAGCAAAGGGCAUAAGAAAAUGGCACUGUGUCAAGACACUUCCCCAGCAAGAGAAGGUCCUAGUACGGCAUCGGACAUGCUACUGUGUGAGCUGCAUUGUGAAAGAUGAAGAUUCAUGUACCAAUAAGGCAUGGCUUGAUGAGUGGAAAGAAGUGACUAUCCCUAGAGAUGGUUCAGUUGCUAUCACUCGUCAAGCCACAGAGCAGCCUGCUCUUGAACAUGAUACAGCAUCACACAUGGCAGAUCUGGCUGCGUGCGGCAGCACUGUUGCCAUUGAGGCUGAAGGUGAUAGAAUGUACGAUUUCUAUCUCCUCAAAGUCACGUCAGCAGGUGUUGAGGAGCUAGAACAUGACUACACUGAUGAUUACCACAACACUGCACUGAGAGGAGAGUCUGUCUUGAAAGGGCAUUUUUAUCUCCGUGAUAAUAUUCAUGACAUGACUUUCACCUUAAACGAAAAACGGAUUGCAGUUGUUUAUGCGGCCACUGUCCGCCAUAUUUGUGGUGACCUCCCCACUAAGAAAAGAGGCAAGAAACUUAUUUACAAGCUUCCAUUGAAGGAAAAUGAAGCCAUCCUUGCCAUUCUUUGAGAAAAGUGACAUUUUAAAGUAUUUAGUGUUACUUAUACUGUAUUCUGUGUGAUAUUGUAGUGGGAGCCACACCCGCAAAGCAUUGUGGGUAAAACACAAAAAAUCACAAAAAUCAUGAAAUAAUGUAAAAUAUGAAAUAAUUUCAACUGUUUGUCAAAACAUACUUCAUAAUUAGCCUGUAGAACCUUUGAAUAGGGAAAUUAAAGCAUUUUGGUUUUUUAACCUAGUGUAACA